AUGGCCGGCUCCCCCAACUCCAACCUCCGCGGCUUCAACCACGCCGUACAAACCCUGCUCAAACAGCCCACCCAAUUCCUCCCCCAUCUGACAAUCCCGACAAUCACUCAUCUCCCCGAGAACCUGGGUCCACAUCUUGUCAAACAACCAGCUUCAACUUCCACCCCAACCCCAACUACCACAACACCACGCACACCCACAAUCCGCGCCCUACGAAAACAACAACCUUCCCUCCGCAAAUUCUCUCCAAACUCCAAUCCCUCCGGACCUCCCCAACCUCUCCCCUUCAACCAAACCCAAAACCCCUACUCAAUCCUCAUAGUCUCCAACCGCGCCGGCAGCCACGCAACCUUCGACAACGAAGUAAGCGACCUAGAAGCGCAGCUCGCCCAUCUCCAGAUUCCCGUCUUCAGACUACCCGCCGGAGCGGAGAAGAAGCCGUUCUGCGGGGAGGAGGUUGUGGCUUGGUUCCGGGAACGGGGAGUGGUGAAGGAUGCGGACGAGAUUGCUGUUGUUGGGGAUCGGCUUGGGACGGAUGUGCUUAUGGCUGGGAUGAUGGGGUCUUGGAGUGUUUGGUGUAAGGAGGGUGUUUUUGAGGUUGGGGAGGUUGGGAAGCCCGGACGGAAUGUGCUUGAGAAGAUGGAGGUUUGGAUUGAGGGCUUUUUGCGAGGGUGGGGAUUUACUGCUCCGGUGCCUGGUGGCUGGGAGGAGGGUAAGAAGAAUAUUUAG